CGCAAAUGUGUACUUUUCUUAAAGUAGUACAUUAUUAUUCCGUUUUUUAUACGCUGAAAAGAAAAAAAAACUUAAAAAAAUUAUUUCGAUUAAUACUUUUGUGUUUGUGUGAAAAUAAACGUGUAUAAAAAAGAAACCUGUUUUUAGUCAUAACUUCAACGCGAAUCUUCUUAUUAGUGUUACGUCAACAAUAGUUUUUUUAGAUACAAGAAGAAGCCUUUAAUAAAAGAAGUUGAAGGACAAUAACAGUUUAACAAUCCUAUAAUAAUAAGUGAGAAACGAUCUGAAAAUUUACUUCCAUUAGAGAAAUUCUCAAAUUUAGUUUUUUAACCAACUUAAGACGGAUGCUUCAAAAAAAACAAAAAUAUCAAAACUGAGAAGUCUAAGCAAAAGCCACUAAAAUUCAAUAGAAUUUCUGGAUAGUACAAAGCCUGGAGGAGAAAUUGUUCGUAUACUAAGUUAGCCAUGUACUUUGUAAGUGUGUGAAAAUAUGAAGUUCUCAUGUAGUUGAGUAGUGGAAUACGAAUAACAAAAGCUGAGAAAAGUGGAUAAAAAAAUUAAAUAAAAAUAAAACAUAAUUAGAUAUUCUAACAGUAACAAUUUUAGAAAACGGAGAUAUCAGCACAAAUCUCAAUUGAAGUGAAUUAAAAUUUAAUACUUUAUGGAAAUCUCAACGACAGGAAUAUUAUUAAAUUAACAAAAAGUAAUAAUGAUAAUGAAAUACCAAGGAACGUUUUUAGUAUGUGUGGUUUUGUUUACCUUCGCGGUGGAUUUUGUUCAGCCACAACAACGAAAACCAAACAUUUUACGAUGUCCACCAACAUCCAAUUGUACGUGCAUGGAAUACAAUGAGCUUGAAAUUCAAUGUCCAAGAUAUGAAGCUCAUGUUUUUGUUCGUAUCAUGAACAAUAAUGUUCACUUUGAGUGUGAUAACAUGACAGACAACGAAUAUGAAUUGAUCCCUGAGAUACAAUUAGAUGAAGCUCGUUUUUUACAAGUCAUGAGAUGCCCCCUCCCACAUGGUAAAUCAAUUGCAUCGUAUCUGAAGAAUAUCCGAAUUGGUCGCAUACGCUUCUUUCAAUUUGUUAGCAGUGGUGUAAAUCAGAACAUUCCAAUCGAAGCUCAACAUUUCGAAGGACUUGGUGAUAUCGAGCAAUUCGAUCUUCGAGGUAUAGAGAAUGAGAUAAAAGAACUCCCUCAUAAUCUCUUUACUUCUAUGGAAAAUCUAACAUGGGUCAGGAUACGAGUUGCUAACAUUCACUUGCCCGUAGAUCUCUUCGCACCUCUCAAAAACUUGGAAUUUCUUGAAUUGGGUCACAAUAAGCUACAAACUCUUGAACCAGGCUUUUUACGUAAUCAACAAAAACUUGUUCAUUUAAAUCUCUGGGGGAAUUCUUUGCGAAAUCUAAGUAAAAAUUCUUUUAUUGGUUUGGAAAUGGUAAGAGAGCUCGAUCUCAGUACCAACAAUAUGGAGAAGCUGGAAUCUGAUACAUUCUUUCAUCUUGUUAACCUCAUGGAAAUAAAUUUAAGUAGCAACAACUUUUCAUCACUCCCGGCAAGAUUAUUCGCUAACAAUAAAAAAUUAAAAGCUCUGAAGUUACUUGAAAAUCGAGUCCCGCUGAGUCUUCCCAAUAAGUGGCUUGCAAAUCUCAACAGUCUUACGACUGUUUACAUCAAAUGUGAGCUGCAAAAUAUUCCUGAGGAUAUUUUUGAAGGCUCUCAUAAUAUUGAAAUCAUACAUCUUGCAAACAAUGCCAUCGAAAAUCUUCCAGAAAACUUGUUAGUUAAUCAAAAUAACUUAAGGGAAUUGGAUCUGAGUGGUAAUAGAAUACCUGAGCUUUACGAUGCUGUUUUUUUGGGAUGUUCGUCACUAAAAAAGCUUUCACUGACAAGAAAUCGCCUCAAAAUUAUUUCCAACUACUCAUUCAAACCACUCUCGAGUUUGACUCACCUUUACUUAAAUGACAAUCAAAUCCAUAAAAUUGAACCGAAAGCUUUUAAAGGGAUCACUUCAGUUGAGUUUAUAACACUUGAGAAUAACAAAUUGAAUUUUCAGAACGGAGAGGAAAUAAUUUAUGAUGGUGUUUCUACUAAAACUGUUACCGGACCUUUUCAGAGUCUGCAACAACUUGAAUAUUUGAAUCUCGCAAAUAAUUCAAUAACAGAAAUCUUCGAAGAUUAUACUUUAAUGAGUUUGAAGACAUUGAAUUUAAGCUAUAACCAAAUAUCUCUUUUAUCGACGGCAGACUUGGAAUCACUCACAAGAAAUGGUCUCACAAUUGAUUUAACACAUAAUCGAAUCGAGGAAAUAAAUUUUGCAAAGGAUAUCGACCCUACUAUGUCAGCGGUCAACGUUCUAUUGGAUGAUAAUCCACUUGUCUGUGAUUGUCGUAUUUUACAUUUCAUAAGACACUUGAAGAAGAUAGGCGGUAGAAAAAUUGAAUCAGGCAGUAACAUUGAAGUGUCAGUUGGGAAUCUGAAAUGUGCAAAUCCUAAUAAAAUGACUGAUAGAUUUGUGCGUGAUAUAAAUCCACUGGAAUUGAUUUGUCCCUUGGAUAAUAUUCAAACAGCAAAGAAGAGAUGUCCAAAUGGUUGCAGUUGUGAAGCCAGACCCGAAGACAGGCAUCUUUUAAUUCAUUGCACAACUACAGUUGAUAUACAUCAACUUCCAAUUGCAACUGAUAUGAACUUUGUGGAGACUGAAUUGAACAUUGAAAAUAGCAGUUUGACAAAUUUACCAACUGUUUCAAAGUCUGCUGGUUAUAAUAACGUGACAAAACUUUUUGCAAACGGGAAUCGAAUAUCAUCCAUUAUGAUUGAAAAUAUUCCAAAUCAUCUUCGCGUUCUUAAUUUAAAAGAUAACAACCUAAAGCUACUUAAUGAUUCAGUUAUUAAAUUCAUUACUAAUAGUUCAUAUAUUGAACAGCUUUUCUUGAGCAACAAUCCAUGGCAAUGUGAUUGUGAAAGUCUUGAAUUUAUGAAUUUUGUUCAAAAAUUUCGACAAAAGAUUGUAGAUUACAGCGAAAUCAAAUGUAAGGAUGGAAGAAAAUUCAAUGUACUCAAGCCUAGUGAUCUAUGUUCCGAUGACAAUCUCUUUGUUAUAAUUAUAAGCAUCAUCACAGCCCUUUUGGGACUAAUUCUUGGAGGUUUCGCCGCUCUUUACUACAAGUAUCAGAAGCAAAUAAAAAUGUGGCUUUAUUCUCAUAACAGUUGUUUGUGGCUUGUGACUGAGGAUGAGUUAGAUAAGGAUAAACGUUAUGAUGCAUUUGUGAGCUACUCACAUCGAGAUCAAGAUUUUGUUGCAGACUUUUUGUUGCCUGAGCUUGAAAAUGGAACCAUUCCAUAUAAAUUAUGUGUACAUGAACGUGAUUGGACGCCUGGUCUUGAAAUUAGCACUCAAAUUUCCAACUCAGUCAAUGAUGCUAAACGUACAAUUAUUGUAAUGUCUUCAAAUUAUCUACAGUCUAAUUGGGCGCAAUGGGAGUUUAGGGUGGCACAGUCACAUGCAGCAACAGAAAAACGCUCGCGAAUAAUAGUCAUUUUGUAUGGUGACAUUGGAGACAUUAAUAAAUUAGAACCCGACAUAAGAGAUUAUUUGAAAUUAAAUACAUACGUCAAAUGGGGUGAUAAAUGGUUUUGGGAAAAACUAAAAUAUGCAAUGCCACAUGUCAAAUCAAGCGAAAGAAUGGAAAAAUUAAAAGGACUUACGAAAACCUCCAUCAAGAGUUCAGUGGAUGAUAAGCUUGAGUUAAUCAAGCCAGUAUCUAUCACACCACCACAACUUACAACUCCCCCAUCGGGGAAGGUUGUUAAUCCCUUAAUUACAACAUUAAAUACCAAAAACACCACUUCGUCUGAUGGAACUCAAAAUGGCAAUGGUGGGCACAUCAAUGGAGCCUUUGUCAUCAAUACGGGUUCACGUCAAAGUGAUGUGUGAAAUUUUCUAAAAUGUAAGACAUUCAUUCAAAAAGUUGCCUUAAAACUUUUUGUUUUGAAAUAUCAAAAUUUUCCAUCUGAUUAAAGAAAUGAUUUAAGAAUCUCAAUUAAAAAAAAUCUGAGAAAUUGGAAAUUAAAUAUGCAAAAGCAAUCAAUAUUUACAAUUCAUCUUCAUUCAAUUCAAAUAAAAUUGUGAUAAAGAAUUGAAGAAUACAUUUGAAUAUAAUAUGUAGUUAGAAUUAAUUUUUGGGUUAAAUUUUUUUUUGAAAAUGACAAUUUAAAUAUUAAAUUUCAAAUAGAGAAAUGUAAUUUAUGUGUUUCCAACAAAUUCAAAUCAUAAUUUAUCACAGAACACCCAGCAUAAUUGCAUUAUCGUACCUCGAACAACUUUAUUUUAAAAAAAUUGAGAAACAAUGAAACUCAUAAGAAGGAUCUAAGUAUCUAAGUUGUAACUUUCAUUUCUGUUAAAAAAGAUGUUACGCAAUUCAAUUUACUAUUUUUUUUAGCAACAUGGCGACUUAAAGGUUUAUAGAGAAAUACUUAUAUGCAACCCAAUUUAUGUUUUAAAGAAAUUAAAUUAAUAAAUAAUGAAAUGCAUAAGAAUUUUAAACUUUGAUCAAUCAUUUAACUUUUGUUCUAAUCAUAAUUUUGAAAUGCUGAAAUAAAA